AUGGCCGACUUAUCGCACACCCAGACCCACGAUGCCAUGCUCAAGAACGCCGCGCAUCUUUCCGAAGAUGCUGCAUUGGAAGACGAAGAGCUAGGCAUCUCGUCGUCUUCGCGACGAGUCGACUUUGGAAGAGAUGGGACUGCCGGCGGCGUUGAACAUGGCGGAGGAGAUGGAGAUGAGGCACGUGAGCAGCGACCGAAACACAAGAAGAGAAGAUUCGGGUCAGGUAAGAAGAAGGAGAGCUACAGCCAUAUGCACUACAAGGUGUACAAGAGACGGUGGAUUGGCUUGGGACAGUUGGUGUUGUUGAACAUCGUCGUUAGUUGGGAUUGGCUGACCUUUGCCCCCAUAUCCACCACAUCUUCCCAGUACUUCAACGUCCUCGAAAGCACCAUCAACUGGCUCAGCACCGCCUUCCUCUUCGCCUUUGCAGUGUCCACGCCACUGACAAUCUACCUCCUGCACAGGGGCCCUAAACCUUCCAUCAUCGCCGCCUCCGUCUUACUCUUGGCGGGGAACUGGAUCAGGUAUGCGGGGACCAAGACAAACGUGUUCAGCGUGGUCAUGGUGGGACAGAUAUUGACGGGGCUUGCGCAGCCUUUUGUGCUAGCAGCGCCGACGCGGUAUAGCGAUAUGUGGUUUACGGAGGGAGGAAGGGUAGGGGCUACGGCGUUGGCGAGUUUGGCGAAUCCGUUUGGGGCAGCGCUUGCGUCGUUGAUCAACCCGUUCCUGGGUGAUGUACCGACUACAGUGUUGAUUGUAUCGUGUAUAGCAACCGCAGCCUGUAUUCCAUCAUUCUUCAUACCCGCCUCUCCCCCCUCACCACCCAGCGCCUCAUCCGCCAUAAGCAAAACCCCCAUCUCCACCUCCCUCAGAACAAUGCUACGCACCCCAUCCUUCUACCUCGUCUUCUUCACCUUUGGCAUCUACACCGGUUUCUUCAACGCCUUCACCUCCCUCCUCAACCAAAUUCUGUACCCAUACGGCUACACCGAAGACGAAGCGGGCAUCUGCGGCGCCGUCCUCAUCGUCGUCGGCCUCGUCGCAUGUGCCAUCACCUCGCCCAUCGCCGACAAAACGCACGCCUACCUCCUCGGCAUAAAGAUCCUAUGCCCGAUCCUGUCAGCCGCGUAUCUAGCCAUGAUCUGGGCGCCGCAGACGCGCAGCAUUGCAGCGCCGUAUGUGCUCAGUGCGGUGCUGGGCGCGUGUUCUUUCAGCUUGCUGCCCAUUGCGCUGGAGUACCUGGUCGAGAUUAGCUUUCCGGCUUCGCCAGAGGUGUCGAGCACCAUGUGCUGGGUUGGCGGGCAGGUCUUUGGCGGUAUCUUCAUCGUCAUUAUGAAUGAGCUUAAAGAUGGCCGGCCGGUGGAUCUCGAACAGGUGCAGAAGGCGGGUAGGGGCCAGGCGGCUAAGGGAGGGGAUAGACCGCCUGGUCAUAUGUUCUGGGCGUUGGUUUUCCAGGCCGUGGUCUGUGCAUUGGUGUUGCCGUUGCCGCUUAUGUUGGGGGUGGAGCGACUGGGGUUCGCUAGUAGAGAGGGGAGAUUGAAGAAGGAUGUUGAUGGUGAUAGUGUUGAUGGUGCUGGAGAGAGGGGUGAUGGGGAAGUGAAUGGUGGGGUUCCGGGAGCGGAGCGAUGA